AUGUAUAAACUGUUGAAAUUUUGUUAUGAUGACUUGGAUGAGGACCGACAAAAGAAAUGCUUUCUUUAUGGUGCAUUAUAUCCAGAAGACAUUGACAUAAACACAAAUUCUUUGUUGGAGUGUUGGGCAGCUGAAGAUCUCCUUGGCAAUGAUCAUGGCAAAACAAAGACAAGUGUCAUGAUUGCACGUUGCAUGUUGAAUCGCCUUAUGAAUGUGUCAUUACUUGAGGAAGCACUUGAUAUUCGGGGGAGUGGAGUCAAUAAUAUACCACCUCAUAUUGAAAAAUUGAUCCAUCUAAGACGUUUGCUAGUAUCCUUCACCAAGUUGAGAAAUGGAAAUGCCACUCAAGAGGUAGCUUUUGGUUACAAUAUGAUAUCAAAACUAUCUAGAUUGGAAGAAUUGGUCAUUGAUAUGAAAUCACCUGAGCAGUGGUCCAAUGAGGUGGUAGAAAAUAUCAUAAAAGAAGUGGCUUCAUUGAAAGAAUUGAAGAUUUUGAAGUUUUGCAUUUCCAACAAGGUUGUAGAUUUCAUAAAGCUAGUGAAUAUGAAUCUCCAACAUCCUGAAAUUCCUGACUUCAUCAAGUAUGAAAGGUAUAUCAAAUAUUGCAGUGGUGCAGGAAGCAAUUUUCCAACUCUUGACGUUCUUGCUCGAGCUAAUGCAUUUGAAUUGGUCAACCACAAGGAUAUCAAGCAUCUAUCAGACUUUGGAAUUGCAAGCUUGAAAAAGGUCUUAGGUUGUCUGGUUGAAAGUUGUGAUGCAAUUGAAGCAAUAGUGGGUACAGUGGACAGUGCAGAGCCACUACUACCGAACUUAGAGGACUUGUACAUAAAGAAUUUACCGAGGUUGGAAAGCAUUUGUAAGCACAUUGAUUUGCUAUUCUUCUAUUACCGGCAACUCAAAUAUGUCUUUGAUAAAAGAAUUGAGGUUCUGAGUUUCUUGAUGGCUGAAACAAUUGCUGUAAUAGGUGCAGCAGCAGGAGUAAUGCAGGCUGUGUCCCAAGCUAAGCCAAUAUUUUGGGAUCCACUCAUGACCAAAGUCAACCUUUAA